AUGAUAGGAUUUCACAAGGUUUUGAUUGUUGUCCUUUUGGUCUUGAUGGAUUCUCCUCCUAAUACUCCACAAAGGCAUAGAAAUAUUGAGAGGGCAAGAGAGCGUCAAGAAAGGAUGUUGGAAAGUCCUGAGCAUAGGAGAACACCUCAAAAUCCUGCUGUUGGUGGUGGUGUACCUUUUAGUCUUCCUUUCCCUAUUCCACCCCCUGUUGCUCCUCUUCAAAUUCCUCAAGGUCCUGUAGGUGAUGAUCCAUUUGUUGAGGUUCUAUAUAAUGGUCAAAUUCUUCACCUUACUCCUGGGAUGGCUGCACAAGUGGGUAAUUUGCAAAAUCAGGCUCAUGCUUCCCCCCUUGCUGCCCCUCCACCUCUAUUUCCACCUGCUGCUAUGGUAGAUGUGAAUAUGGGGCAUCCUAACCAAAAUGGUAUUCAGUAUCCACACUUACCUGCUCAUUUACAGGCAUUGGCUGCAGCUCUUCCACCUCUUCCUCAGCCUGUAGGAGCAAGAGGGAGGAGGGGGAGAGCUACGAAAGAAAGGAAAGUCAUUAGAGCAGUGUCCACCAAUGCCACUUCCAGUUUGCCUGUCUUAGGGUUUAGGUUUACUUGGGAGUCAGGAAUUCUGGAAGGCGUCGUAAGUUGA